CGUUUCGACUUAAAUAACCACCGUGUUUAAUUACAAAAUUACAUUUACAUCUUCUUAAAAGUAUUGAUUAUUGCUUUAUCUGUGAAUUCGAAUAAAUUAUUAAGCAUUUGAGAUUAAAUUAGCGUUUUCAUUAAAAUCUUAAUGGUGUAUUGUCUCAGUACAAAAAAAUCUAACAAAACAAACGUUUAAUUUACUACCUAUAAAAAAGGAGAUAAAAGGAUUACAAAUAAAUACCUUGUGACUGUGUGUGAUCCUAGAUAAACUAUAUUAAUCACAUCUGCUCAAUUAAAUUAGGUCAGAAGCUAAAUAACAGAAGGGAAAAUAUUUGAUAUCAUAAACUAUGGCUUCUAUUUGGAUACAAAAUUUAUCUCUUUAUAAAGUCAAAAUUUUUCGUAUCCCACUUCUAUUAAACGAACGAUACCACCAUGGAGUGCAUACCUAAGUACAAACCUAUAAAGAGAAUCAGAAAGAACCUGUUUGAGCCGCCGCCGUACUGUAAAACGUUCGAUCGAAAAAUGGCAUUAAAACAUUCCGCAUGUAUCCCUGUUAAACUUGAAGUUUCUGAUCCCUCUAAGAUAUUACAACUGGUUGAAACAAUGAAUGAUGCCAACUCUAAAGGUUUAGAGAAAAAAAUAAAUAGAUAUCUUCAAAGAGAAACUGAAUCUCAGCUGGUUUUUUUAAUUGGCAUAAUGCUAAAUGAAGCAACAAUACAGGUCGUUGGUCCUGAAAAGAUUGACAGAAGAAAAUGUAAACUUUCCGAAGAUGUUGUAGAAAAUUUGUGUUCAGAAUCUCUCGAUUAUUAUACAAUGGAGAAUUUGAAUCAGGUGUUUCAAACAAUGAUUUUGGGAAUUACAGGGACAGAUGAUUUUAAGUCGGUUAUUGUUCCUAUUUGUGGUAAAACACAAUCAGGUCCUGCUGUAGUUUUAGCAUGUAUAAUAAAUCCGAAAAAAGAGACUGAAUUCUGUGUGAAAUUGGUCAAUGAAACGUUUAAAUUUUGUUUAACGGUCUUAUUAAAUACAACAGCCUCUGAAGAAGAAUCUAGAGCUCGACAAGCAUGUCAAACGCUUUUGGAUGUAGCGAAAAAGCUGUUUCAACAUUUAGACGAUUUUGAUGAUCUUCUCAGAGAAAUUAUGGUGGAAGCGCGGAAUCUAGUCAAUGCUGAACGGUGUUCGUUAUUUUUAAUCGAUAGCAGUGGGGAGAAUCUAGUCGCUAAAGUGUUUGAUGGUAGCAGUGAGGGUGUUGAUGUGAAAAUAUCCAAAAAUAUGGGUAUAGCCGGUCAUGUUUAUAAAACUGGAAAACUUAUGAAUAUCACGGAUGUUUAUCACAAUCCAUUCUUUUAUAAAAAACUUGAUGAGAUGACUGAUUUUCGUACGAAAAAUAUUUUAUGUUUUCCGAUACGAGAUGAAAAAGGAAUCAUAGGUGUUGCUCAACUUUGUAAUAAAAAAGACGGAACCUUUACCGUAGACGAUGAAGAUGUCGCGAAGUCUUUUAGUGCUUAUUGUGGUUUGGCAAUAAUGCAUAUGAUAGCGUAUAAACGAAUGCAAGAAGCUCAAAUAAAGACUCAAUUAAGCAAUGAAUUAAUGAUGUAUCAUAUGAAAAUCGACGACGAUAUGUUUAAGAAAUAUCUUAAAUGUAAAAUUAAAACGACGAAAUUUCCGACGUUCGACGAAUUUAAUUUCUUGCCUAGACAAAUUGAUUAUAAUGAUAGUCCGUGUUACACUAUUGAAAUGUUUAAAGAUUUGAAUCUUGUUGAAAAGUUCGGAAUUAAAAUGGACUUGUUGACAAGAUUUAUUUUGUACGUUAUGAAAGGAUACAGGGAUACGCCGUAUCAUAAUUGGAGACACGCUUUUAGCGUUACGCAUUUCGCUUACACGUUAAUUAAGAAAUGUAAGUUAAUUGAGAAAAAUUUCCUUACACAUUUGGAAGCGUUGGCUCUUCUAACAUCAUGUUUGGGGCAUGACGUUGAUCAUCGGGGAACAACGAACGCUUUUCAAUUGAAAAUUGGAUCUCCUUUAGCAAAUUUGUAUUCGAGUGAAGGUUCCGUUAUGGAAAGGCAUCAUUUAUCACAAACAAUUUGCAUUUUAAAUACUCAAAAAUGUAACUUUUUAGAAUGUCUUGAUAAUCAAAGUUAUGAACUUUGUAUAGAUUAUAUCAAAGAUAACAUUUUAGCAACAGAUUUAGCAAAUCAUUUCAAAAUUUACCCCGAAUUAGAACAAUUUAUUGAUGAUAGAUUCAUUAAGGAACAAAUGGACCACCGCAGACUUCUUUUUUCACUUAUAAUGACUUGUUCUGAUUUAUCAGAUCAAACGAAAGGUUUUAAAACAUCUAAAGAGGUCGCCCAACUUGUCUACGAAGAAUUCUUCAAUCAAGGCGAUUUAGAAAAGAAAAUGGGUAAUAAACCUUUAGAUAUGAUGGAUCGGGAAAAAGCUUCGAUUCCCGAUUUACAAAUUCAAUUCUUAGAGGAUGUUUGCCUCCCAGCUUAUAAUGUUCUAGCUCAUUUAUUUCCAAAAACAUUAUGUUUUCUUGAUAUUUUACAAGAAACCAUAACUUAUUGGGAAGCGUCGAAAACCGUUUUUGAGAUGCAUGCAUUAAGGGGACAACGUUCCUUCGAUAUAUUAAUGUGUCCAACGCUUGAAGAUGAAAUUGAGGAAAUUUUGCAUCCUCCUGAAGAAAUCGAGGAGGAAAUAUGUCAUGAUGAUGUACCAUAUUCGUUUGAUCAAGAUCCGAGUACCGCAUGAAUUAUUAUUUAUUACACCGUUAAAACGUUAAGUUUUAAGACAUGGUUGUGCAUUUGAUGAUGGUUACCUGUUAAGUAUAUUUAAAAAGAAAAAAAAAUAUAAAGUUGUAACUGAGUGAUAAGAGUAAUAAUAAUAAAAUAAAUGUUUUUAGCACUUUUUGAAAGUUACGUUAUGUUGUUUUAAUUCUUAGAUCUAGAUUAUUUAUUAGAUCUCUCUAUUAAUGAUGUUGAAAAUUAAAGUAUUGGAUGUUUUA